AUCGUACGUCAUUGUUUCUUUCUCUCUUCUUAAAAUAAGUCUAUUUAAAGAAAUAGCAACAUAGAAUGUUCGUUAUUUAAAAACAUCUCUUACAUCUACCUUCAAGAAAAAGAAACGGAAUCGACUUUUUCUCAUAAAUAAUGGACGCGACCGGAUCCAAUCCAGCACCAGCCGAUCGUGAGAAGGAAGCCGAGGGCGCAGCCCCGGAGGCGGCCGAAGCCCCGGCGGACAAGGCCCCUUCGGAGCACUCCGAGUACGACAGCGCCGACGCCGAAAGCUACAGCGACAACGACGAAGCCUCCAAAGAGAGAUCCAGGAAUUCGGAGACCAACGAGCACACCAAUUCCGACGAUGGGAGUUUCGAAAGGGAAGAAGGAGACGGACAGGAUGGCGGUUCGCCUUCGAAAAAAGUCGACGAUGACGAGGAUAAGAAGAAUCCCCAGUAUAUUCCUAAGAGAGGAACGUUCUACGAGCACGACGAUCGAACUUUAGAGGACACCGAGGAAGUCGAAGAAGAAGAGGUGGAAAAGGACAAGGACGGCAAGAAGAAAGUGUGGCAGGAUAAAAAGGAGAAAUGGGAUCACGAUCGUUUCAACGAGCCGGAACAAGCUCCUAAAAGUAGGGCAGAAUUGGUCGCUAUUUACGGAUACGAUAUCAGAAACGAGGAGGGCCCUCCGAGGGCUCGAAGGCGUAGAAAAUACGGUCGUGGUCCGAAUAAGUAUACUCGUAAAUGGGAGGACGAGGAUGCGUAUAACAAACCGCCGGUGCCCACCGUUAAAAAAGGUAAAAAACCGAAUUCGAGGAAAAUCGAGGAGUUCCCGCCUUUGGUGAGAACAUCCGAUUCCGAGCAAACCUACGAACCGAAGAAUUCCUCGCAAGAUGACGAUCCACCUCAGCAACAUCAGCAAAACAAUAGGAACGAAUAUUCGAAGAACGAUUACGCCAGAGAAAGGACAUCGAAAGCGGAGAACACCUUCAAUAACUCGAAGAACGACGAGAACCGACGCGCCGGCACCGGUCGAGUGAGCAAUUCCAAGCGAGAACCGAACGAAUCCGAAUACCACGGCUUCACCACCACCUCGAGGAAGGUCCGAAAUACGAAAUACGCUUCGCAAAACGCGCCGUCAUCACACAAAAACGCGUCCAAAGACGACUACAUUCAUUCUCAAAAUUUCUCAAACAAAAAUAACCAAGACUUAGAGAGCGAUAUGAAUAAAUUGAGCAUCAACGAAGGAAGUAAGAGCUACAAUAAAAGCGGUUAUAAUAGUAGCAACAGCGGAGGGCAACGCCAAAAUAGCGUUCCUCCGAGGCUACAAUCCGAACCGAAAGGUCCCAAAAGGUACAGCUCGAUGAGGCAAAAGAGUCUACCGGAAACCAAUACUCCGCCUAUAUCCAACUACCAACACAGCCCUACUUUCUAUCCUACCGAGUACAACCAACAGUCCGUACCGGCCUCCACCCAACAGCCGCACAUCCACCAGAACCAAAUGCUGCCGUCUACCACGCAGGUGGCGCACGUGGCGCCCCUGCAACCGGCCGCCCUCGCCCCAGUGCCGGCCACGUUCGCCGCGCAACCCUACCCGCCGCCGCCCGCCGCCUUCAUGCAACCGCCCGCGGUGGCCGGUCCGCCCUUCAUUCCCCCGCCGCAGUCCACGCAGCUGUUGAACUUCGUGCAGGGCCAGCCCGCGUUCCAGCCGAACUUUCCCGGGUUCCAGCAAUCCUUCAAUUCCGUGACUCAACCGGCCGAGUUGUAUCAACCCCAAGGGGGUAUAACGUAUUAUUCGACGGACCAGCAGCUGGCGCAGCGCCAGGUGCCCCUGAAGCGCCCGAAGGCAGCUAUACCGAUCGUGGCGCCACCUGCGUACGAUAAGAAAGACGAGGCGAAUCCUCAAAUCGAUGGGGCCGAAGCUGUGGACGUGCAGCAAUGAUAUACGGGGCGGUUUUAUUGGUAAUAAUAGUUUUAUUUUCGGUUUAAUUAUGCUUUUCAUUUGUGUACAUUAUUAUUAUAGGAUAAUUUAUUAUUUUCGAUGUUUUAAAACAGGAUUUAAUGUAGAGUUUGUUGGUUUUAAGAGCGUACCUGCUGGUGCUUUGUGCGUGUGGGAUUUUCGAUAUAUUUUGAAAUUUUUUUUCGAAAAAGUAAUGGAAGAAAUCGCUGGUAAUACAUGCAAUCGAAGUGUGGUAGUUGUGCUCUUAAUAAUUAAGCGAAAUAAAAUCAAAUUUCUAGUAUUUAAAGAUAACUAUUAUCGAAUUUCUACUUUAUCUUUUUUAAAAUAAUAAAAAAAACUACGUGUUACUCUUUGUUACUAAAUGGAAUGUAUUUUACCUCGUAAUAAACAACAUCAUAUUCAA